CAUAAAGAACGGAAAUACGGGAACAACGUGUGUGUUCUUAUUUUAAAGUUUUAUUUUCGCGUAUUUAUGGUUUUUAAUACGGCAUGGAACUCUGUAAACAAAGUUAAGUGAAACGGUGAUAUUUAUUUGAAUGGUUCAAGUUAUGAGAAAAAAGAUUGUUAUUAGUGCAGAAUCCACAAGUAUCUUGCGUUCAUCUUUGGAUCACUGUUAUUGUGAACUGGAGGAAAUUUAUAAAUAGAAUUUUAUUAAUGGGAGUUAGGAGAUUUGUUAUUACAGACAGCGCCACCAUAAAAUGUCAACCUUCCGGGACGUAGUCGAGGUGACGACUGACCCGCAACCGGACGCGGCGCAGGCGCGCGCGCAGCAAUGCUCCACGUACACGUUCCCGGAAGUGGUGCGACCGCCCGAGACGCGCGGCCAUCUGCGCAGCGUGAGCCACGGCGGCGGCGGCUCGAGCUCGGCGGGCGCAGUGGGUCGCCCUUCUGCGUUGAAGGGCGCGCGCGGUCAUCAGCGGGCGCUGUCGCAAGGACAGAUCGCCGACACGGGCGGGGGGGGCGCGACGGGGUCGGCGGGCGCCUACAGGCCGGGACACAGUCGUGUGGGGUCAAAGACGGAUUUCAUACUGCCGCCGGGGCAUAAAGAUGCCGACGGCGGGCCGGAUGCCGUCCCCAGGGUGACGGCCAAAGGACAUUCAAGACAAGCUUCCCGUUCAGAGUCGGUGUACACGCUGCGCACGAGGGCGCCAGUUCCGCUGUGGCGCCGGCUGCUCUGCCUCUUGCUGCGCAGAAAGCCGAAAAACGAGCUGGACGAGCGAGUGCGCAUGGUGGUGCCGAACCACAUAGUGCCGCCGAAAACGCCGCGCAAGGAGCACCCGAACGGCAGGUACCCCGACAACAGGAUCCGCACCACGAAGUACACUCUGUUAUCGUUUUUGCCGCGAAAUUUGCUCGAACAGUUCCAUCGCGUCGCCAACUUAUAUUUUAUUUUUAUCGUGCUGCUGAACUGGGUGCCGGCCAUCAACGCGUUCGGCAAAGAGAUUGCCAUGUUGCCGGUGCUGUUUGUGUUAGGAGUGACGGCCGUUAAGGAUUUGUUCGAGGAUCGGAGGCGGCACGCGAGCGACAAGAGGAUCAACAACAGUACUUGUCGGAUAUACAACAGCGAGGCGAUGAGGUACAAGAAGGUCCUUUGGAAGGACGUCCGCGUUGGAGACAUUAUUCACCUGUCAAACAACGAGGUGGUUCCUGCAGACAUCCUCCUGCUGAAAUCCAGUGACCCUAGCGGAGUUUGCUACAUCGACACUGGCCAUCUAGAUGGAGAAACCAACCUGAAACAAAGACAAGUUGCAAGAGGUUUCGUAGAAAAACAUAGUAUAUUUGAGCCGAGCAAAUUUAGGAGUAGAAUCGAGGUGGAAGCGCCCACCACGAAAAUUUACAGGUUCCAUGGUACGAUAAUGCACCCGAGCGACGCAAAAGUACCAGUGGGUACCGACAAUAUUUUGUUAAGAGAAUGUCUCCUUAAAAAUACCGAUUACAUCGAGGGAAUCGUUGUUUAUGCCGGCCACGAAACGAAGGCGAUGUUAAACAACGGCGGUCCCCGAUACAAACGGUCGUCGUUGGAGAAGCAAAUGAACCAAGACGUGCUCUGGUGCGUGCUAAUUCUAAUAUUUCUUUGUAUAAUUGGUGCUAUUGGCUGCAAACUCUGGUUGAACACUCACAAGGGACUGCAGGAACCGUUCCGGAAAUUCGAAAGCGAUACCACUGAAGCUUUUUUAUCUUUUUGGACCUACGUUAUACUUUUACAAAUUAUGAUUCCGUUAUCGCUUUACGUGACAUUGGAGCUUUGCAAAAUGAUACAAGUAUACUACAUACACAACAGCAAGGAAAUGUACGACCCGGUGAUGAACAAAAGGAGCGAAUGCCGCGCUCUGAACAUCACAGAAGAGCUGGGCCAGAUCCAGUACAUUUUCUCGGACAAAACCGGCACGCUGACCGAGAACCGGAUGAUUUUCCGGCGUUGCACGGUGGGCGGCGUGGACUACGCCCACCCGCAGCUCGAGAACGAAACGAAGCCGGGAAAGUCAUCGACGAACCUGUCCGUGGUGGCGAAUCCUCGCUUGACGGAGGAUUUGUACAUGGACGGCACGGGGUCGGAGAAUUUGAUCGGGUCGCGGCUGUGCCAUUCCAGCAGGGUGAACGAGUUCCUUUUGUUGUUGGCGUUGUGCAACACUGUGGUGUGUUCGCAUCAUGCGCAUUACGAUAUGAUGAACGCCAGUGGAGUUAUCGAGUCGAUGGACGAGAGUGCCUCAGUUCACGUUGGCGGCGAAGGCGUACCAACGGCGAACGACAAAUAUUCGAGACUGGAGGAGUCGCGCUCGGUGACGCCGAGCCCGCCGAUGACCUACUCGACUAGCAACGAGCUGCGCAAUCGACACGUGCCCACUCUAUCGCCCAUCGACUCGGUGGAAAACUCGCCGAAUUCGAUAACGCAGGACCCAAUCACUGUCAAAGUGUCGCGUCCAAAACUGCUCACGAUUCCGUCGCUGCCGUUCCUCAACCGCAAGGAAAACAGUCACUCUGAGGCGGUGCCCGCACCUGCGCAGUCGAACGCGUCCACUCCUCACGCGUUAAAGCCGAUCUUCGAGGCGGAAUCACCCGACGAGUUGGCGCUGGUCGAUGCCGCCUUCCUGUAUAAGUGUAGGCUAGUUAAACGUACGCCAACUCAGGUCGACAUAGAACUUCCCAGCAACGAAAAACUCCACUUUAAAAUCCUGAGCAUCCUUCCUUUCGACUCGACACGAAAACGUAUGUCCGUUAUUGUCCAACACCCAGUAACGGGCGAAAUAAUUUUGUACUGCAAGGGCGCCGACACCGCCGUUCUACCCCGUUUAACCUCCGACGAAGGUAACGACGAACAGAAAAAAAUCAACGUGAUCACGCAACAGCAAGUAAACAAUUACGCCAAAGAGGGUCUGAGAGUGCUGCUGAUGACCAAGAGGGUGCUGUCGCAAGUCGAGUUCAACGAUUGGUACAAGAAGCAUUUGGAAAUCGAGAGAUCCAACGAUAAUAUUGAGAAACGUUUGAGGGAAAGUUUUACUGUUAUUGAAGAUAAGCUGACCCUAUUAGGUGCCACAGGUAUCGAGGAUAGACUGCAAGAAGGCGUUCCCGAAACGCUCUCAGCUCUGAUCUCAGCCGGUAUAGUGGUGUGGGUUUUGACCGGCGACAAACCGGAAACUGCCAUAAACAUAGCCUACUCCGCCAAACUGUUCUCGCCGCAAAUGGAACUGUUGAAACUGAUGGCGCGCAGCAAAGAAGCGGCCGACACCACGAUACGCUGCUACCUGCGCGACAUCGAAGACAGCCUCGAAGCGCAAUCGUCCAACGAGCACAGACCGGCCAACUCCAUAAGCGCCUACGACUACUCGAAGAAGGUCGUUCCUAAACCUCGCGCGCUCGUCAUCGACGGCAAGACUUUAACUUUUAUUUUGGAUAAGAGGUCGAACUUGACGAAGCCUUUCCUGAAACUGACGACAUACUGCAAUUCCGUGUUGGCGUGUCGCGCUACGCCGCUACAGAAGGCUUACAUCGUCAGAGUGGUUAAAGAGGAACUGAAAGUGAGGACUUUGGCCAUCGGGGACGGUGCUAAUGAUGUCUCCAUGAUACAAACGGCCGAUGUUGGUAUAGGGAUCUCCGGUCAGGAGGGUAUGCAGGCAGUUAUGGCGGCUGAUUUUGCUCUCACUAGGUUCAAAUUUUUGGAACAGUUCCUUUUGGUACACGGACAUUGGAGCUACGACAGGUUGUCGAAGAUGGUGCUAUAUUUCUUCUACAAAAAUGCGACGUUCGUCUUCUUAACAUUCUGGUAUCAACUGUAUUGCGGAUUCUCAGGGGCUGUGAUGAUCGACCAGAUGUAUUUGAUGCUGUACAACUUUCUCUUUACCUCGUUACCUCCAAUAGUUUUAGGCGUUUAUGAUAAAGACGCUCCAUCGGAUCUCCUGCGCAGCAAGCCUUACCUGUACCGCGCAGGUCGUCUGGGUCUGGUCUAUCGACCGUACUCCUUCUGGCUGACGAUGCUCGAUUCCGUAUACCAAAGUCUGGUGAUUUUCUACGUGUGCAAGGUGGCGUACGACGACACGGAAGUCGACAUAUUCGAGUUCGGAACUGUGUGCACAACCGCUUGCAUGUUCGUCAUGUUGGCGCAUGCGUGCAUCGAGACAAGAUCAUGGACUAUAAUUCACAUUGGUUCUGUGGUGACAUCGAUAUUUCUCUUCUACAUCUACUCAGUGGUUUAUGAUUCAGUGUGUCUCAAUUGUUUUAAUUUGCCUAGCACGUACUGGAUUAUACAGGUGGCCAUAACGCGACACAUCUAUUGGCUAGUGACGCUACUAGCGACUGUUCUUGCAGUGUUGCCCAGAUUGGUGUACAGGGUGGUCCUAACGAUGUUCGCGCCAGAUGACAUCACAAGGGAACUGAUAUCGCACGAGAAAAAUCGUCGGAGAGGUGAGAGAUUUCUAGUAACUUGGUCACGUUCGACUUCUGCCUCGUCAAUAUACAGAACCGCCAAUAACAGGAAUCAGGAUAAUACUUUGACAGCAGUCGGGUGAAGCCGCCACACCGGCGGUCGACAUAUAAAAAACACGAGAAUUAAAUGCAUUUAAUGGCUG